AAAGAAAAUUAUAUUUACAUAGCUUAAUUUAAAUUAGUUUUAUUAGAUAAAGUAAAAGAUUUUUUGAAAAAUAGAUAAAAUCAAUUUAAAAAAAUGGUGAUAGUAGACAUAAAUGGUAUUGCGGUAAAAUUUCCGUUUGAACCUUAUGGUGUUCAGCGUAAAUACAUGAGUAAUGUGAUUCAAAGUUUGGAGGAAAAAAGGCAUGCGAUUUUAGAAUCACCGACGGGUACCGGAAAGACGCUCUGUUUGUUAUGUAGCACAUUGGGUUGGAUUUCUCAUCAAAAAGAAAAACUUGAGAAAUGGAGGUCAUAUAAUGUAGAAAAUAGCGUCCAAGAAGAAAGAAACAAAGAAAAUCAAAAGAAAAACGUAUCGGAUGCGGCAUGUGAAUCUGAACAGCCGAUUGAUGGUACAAAUCGUUCCGAUGAAGGCAUGCCACUGGAAAAAAUACCGAAAGUCAUUUACGCAUCCAGAACUCACUCACAAAUAUCGCAAGCAAUGAAAGAACUUAAGAAAUGCGACUACGCUGAUGUAAAAACGGCCGUUAUUGCAUCCCGUGAUUAUCUUUGCAAUAAUCCAUCAUUGAAGGACAAAUCGAAUGCGGAAAAAACACAUAAAUGCCGCAGUCUGAAAAAACACGAUCAAUGCGAAUACUAUGUCAAUCUCAAACAUUGUGAAAAUGAGCCGGAAUUCGAAAAACCCAUUCUUGAUAUUGAAGACCUUGGUCGGAUUGGAGAAAAAUUCAAUUGCUGCUCGUAUUAUGCAUCGAGAAAACGGAUUCAAACAGCCGAAAUUGUAUUUAUGCCAUACAAUUAUCUGCUAGAUCCGAAAAUUCGAAAUGCUACACAAAUCGAUUUGAGUGACUCGAUCGUUAUUUUGGAUGAAGCACACAACGUGGAAAAAAUGUGUGAAGACAGUGCUUGUACAUUGAUUAAAUCAUCAGAUAUUUGUACGGCAAUCAGUGAUUUGAAGCAGAUGAUUAGGCUUUCAGGUCUGCCAGAAGCACUCGAAAGGGAAAAAUUUACAUUGAAUGAUAUUCAAAAACUGCAAUGGUCUCUAGAAACUUGGGAAACAGACAUUAGUAAUGUUCAAAUUGGAAUGCAAGAUGGUGGUUUUGUAUUUUCAUUGUUGGAAAAGGCUGAGAUAACAAUUAAAAACUGUCAUUUGCACAUGAAUUUUAUCGACAAGCUAAUUGGAGUAUUGAACGACGAAGGACGAUCAUUGUUUGAAGGACGUCGUGGUAAAGGUUUAGAAAAAGUGUUGGAAUUUUUACGAGUUGCCUUUUCAAGCUCUGCCGACGAUCUCAUAGACAAAGUUAAACAAAGUUACAUUGUACAAAUCGAUGAAGAUGAAAAAUGCGAGACUGUUGGUUCGAAAAUAUUGAACUUUUGGUGUUUUAGUCCAGCAUUCGGAAUGAAAUAUUUGUUUGAGCAGGGAAUUCGUUGCCUUAUUUUGACAAGCGGAACAUUGGCUCCAUUAGAGCCUCUAGUAGAUGAAAUGGAUAUUAAAGAUCCGCUUUUGUUAACAAAUGAACAUAUUAUCAAAGACUCACAAGUAUUUGUACGAAUUAUUGAUUCUGGUUUAGACGAGAACACUUCAUUCAAUUCCAUUUAUCGUAAUCGGCGCAAUCCAAAAUAUCUCAGGUCUCUUGGUAAUUCAAUCAUAAAAAUUUCAAAGGAGGUUCCAGGCGGAUUACUUAUCUUUUUUGCGUCGUAUCCUGCAAUGGAUAAUUGUGUGAACUUUUGGAAACUAAAUGAUAACAUUUGGUCGAAAAUGGAAGCACAAAAGCCAAUUUGUGUGGAAUGUAAAGAUAAAAUGGAGUUUGAACGGCAAAAGCAAAUAUAUAACGUCAAUAUUGAGAAUAAUAAUGGUGCAAUUUUUAUGGCUGUCCUCAGGGGAAAAGUGAGCGAGGGUGUGGAUUUUGCUGAUACCUAUGGUCGAUGCUGCCUUAUAGUUGGCAUACCUUUCAGUUUUAAAGAUCCAAAGCUUUCUCUCAAGUUGCAGUAUUUAGAAGGAAAAGAAAGAGGUUCAAGUUCCAAAUGGGAAGUUUUAGAAGCAAUUCGAGCCGUCAAUCAAGCUAUCGGAAGAGUUAUUCGGCACAAAGAUGACUAUGGUGCCAUUUUAUUCUGUGAUGAACGUUUUUACGAUUAUCAUUUAAACAAAGAUAUAUCUUUUUGGGUUAAAAGCCUUUUACCACAAACACGAGAAACACCGUUUGGAUUUCGAAACAUGCUCAAUGAAAUGCAAGUUUUCUUUGCGGAAUGCGAUAGAACGUUACCAAAGUCGAAGCCAAAGCCUCGUUUGGAAAAUGUCAAUGAUGAUGUAACAACUGAUCAACAGACUUUCAAGACAUACAUCGAUAGAUUUACGUUUGCACAAAACGUUCCAGAAUAUGACGACGAAGUUUCGGAUGAUUUUAUCAAUGACGAUUCUAUAGAUGAUCAAUAUUCAGAAUCUUCUGAGGAUUUGCGACCAAAAAAACGGAAAAAACAAAAGAAAACUAAGAGUUUCUCUCACACAUCGCCGAAACCAUCGACGAGUCGAAUCAUUAGACCAAGUAGUGGCAGUAGCAGUGAAGAUGAUGAAAUACAGAUUAAACCAAAACGACUCAAAAAUGCAACAUUUAGCAAAAAAACCAUUUCAUCUGAUUCGGAUAGCAGCUCAAAAGAAGAUCCGAAAAAAGAAGUAUUCGAGAGCCAUUUUAAUUCACAUUUGCAAGAAAAAUGGGGUCCAGAUAAAUAUGAGGAAUUCGAAAAACGAUUUGCUAAAUAUAAAACUGAUAAAGAUUUUGAAUCUUUUGGCGAGGCUUUAUUUGAGAUAUUCAACGAUGAUCGAGAGCAUCUCAGGGGAAUGAUAUGGUUUUUGAUACCUAAUCAUCGAAACAAAUUUAAAGCUGCACUUGAGAAAAUCAUUUAAAAUUCAGUGGAAGAACAAUGUAACGAUCAAAUGAAAAUAGAUUUUUUUUAUUUUUGCA